AUUAACGUUUGCCAGCCUGUCUCAAAUUUGAUCCGAUUGCCUUCUCUUCGUUCUGCGCGAGAAGACGCACGAAAGAUAGAAUGGAGAGGACUUUCAGGGCUUCUUUCCGAUCUCGACUCCUCUUCUCUACUCAUUGCUGGGCUCCAUGGCUUCUCCUGUCGAGGUCUCCGCCAUCGCCUCUUUAUGAGGGCCCGAGGUCGAUCGAAACCCUAGCUUACGAGGAGGUCCGUGCCUCCGAUGGUCCCUCCAAUUCCACGGUUUUCGUUCUCCACGGCCUCCUUGGAUCCGGCCGGAACUGGAAGACUUUCUCCCGGAAUCUCGCCUCGGAGCUCCAGAAGCGUUCUUCCGUAUGGAGGAUGGUUCUUGUGGAUUUGAGGAAUCAUGGGAGAUCAGCUGGAAUAAAGGGGCUGGAUCCUCCGCAUGACAUGGGGAAUGCAGCGAGAGAUUUGGCUAAUUUGGUGAAAUCUCAUGAGUUGGCAUGGCCUGAAGUCAUCAUAGGGCACUCAAUGGGUGGAAAGGUUGCCUUAGAAUUUGUGGCAAGUUGUGCUCGUGGGGACUAUGGUGAAUCUGCUGUCUUGCCCAAGCAGCUUUGGGUGUUGGAUUCUGUCCCUGGAGAAGUAAAGUCAGAUGCCAGUGAUGGUGAAGUGGAAAAGGUUUUGCAUACUCUAAACAGUCUGCCUUCAUCUCUCCCAUCACGACAGUGGGUGGUGGACCACAUGCUCAGCCUUGGGUUUUCCAAGUCACUUUCAGAAUGGAUUGGCAGCAAUCUAAAGAAGGCAGGUGAACAUGUGACGUGGACUUUUAAUCUUCAUGCUGCUAUUGAUAUGUUCAAUUCCUACAGGGAAACAAGUUAUUGGUCUCUACUGGAGCACCCGCCAAAGGGCUUGGAGAUUGCAAUGGUGCGAGCUGAAAACAGUGAUAGAUGGCAAGGAGAUGUGCUUCAGAAGCUUGAGGGGCUGUGCAGAAAGGGAGAGACACCUGAAGAGGGGAAGAUUUCAGUUCACGUUCUUCCGAAGUCUGGUCACUGGGUCCAUGUUGACAACCCUAAGGGAUUACUUGAGAUAAUGGCACCUAAUUUCAUAUCAAAGGCUUGAAAUUCCAGUGUCAUGGACCACCAUUUUUUUUUUUUUACUUUUCCCAUUUCCAUAUAUAUGAAGUAGUGAAAGUGAUUGCUGAGAUGUGCUCAGUAAAUUUUUAUAAUUUUCUGUUUCUUUUAAGAUUUGGAACCGUGGCAUCUGGCAAUUUAUAUUUUGGCAGUUAUGGGAUGUGUUUGGUGUUCCUAUCACUUUGGAUUUGGAACCAACUAUGGAGCAAGUGUUACGCAUUCAUGGCAGUGGCUGCUGGAGAUGGUUCCUGUGGGAGAAGAGAUUCAGCUGGGUUUGCAGUAUAAGCUGUAUGGUUGCCUUCUGACCUGUAGUGUGAUCUCAGGAUAAUUUCGCAGCUAACUCUUUCACUGAUAUGGCCCUAUCACGAGAUUCUAUCACGGUGGUCUGGAUGGGGAACCGCAGAGGGGCAAUCUCGUCAUUCUAUUACCACGAAAUGAAACCCUAGAGAGCGAAGUCGGGCGCGCCUAUAUAAGGGGAACGCCGGAUUUUUCUGAGACGGGAAGGGAGGGCGAGAGCAAGGGAAUUCUGGUAACGAUGCAGAUCUUCGUCAAAACCCUAACAGGGAAGACCAUAACCCUCGAGGUCGAGAGCAGCGACACCAUCGACAA